AAGAUUGUUUCUUUCGUUCUAUACAGUACGAGAAGUACAAAUUUGAAACUCUAUGGGGUUCAAAGCAGAACAGUUCGUAAAAAGUGUCGAUGAAAACCUUUUCUGUGCAAUAUGCACUGAAGUAUUUGAAGAUCCUGUGAGCUGCAAAGAUGGUCACACAUUUUGCAAGGGUUGCAUUCACAAAUGGCUCGAGAUAAACAGAAAAUGUCCAAUGGAUAAUAACUACUUGACAAAAAUAUAUCUUUUUCCUCAAUUUACCGUGAAGGGAAUCGUGGACAAUCUCGAAGUCUAUUGUCAUCCAUGUGCACAAGCCAAGGCGCCAAGUGAAGUAGGAUGUGGCUGGGUCGGAAAACUACAACAUCUUGCACAUCACAGAAAGAAUUGUCAAUUCCAGGAAAUGCAAUGUCCGCACGGAUGCUUCGAAAAGAUACAGAAAAGAAAGAUGAAAGACCACGAAAAGAUAUGCGACUUUAGAAAAGUGGAGUGCGAAAAAUGUGGAAUUAUCUUACUUCAACUUGAAAAAGAGACGCACUUAAGGGAUGACUGUUUACAGGCCCUGAUUUUUUGCCCUAACCGAUGUCAAGACGAGCAAAUAAUUGUUCAGAUUAAAAGGAUUGAUUUAAGUGAUCAUUUGUCAAAGGUGUGUCCAAAGGCCCUGAUCGACUGUCCAUAUAAAGAACAAGGAUGCGUAGUGAAGAUUGAGCGCCAAGAUGUCGAGAAACACGUACAAGAAAACAUGGCAGGACACAUGAUGUUACUUGCUAAGGAAUGCUCGUCGCUAAAGAAGCAGAAUGAGUCUCUUACUGAUCAAUAUUCAUCUCUUUCCCUGAGGUGUUCCACACUGGACCAAACGAACUUAGAGUUGAAGAAAGAGUUAAAACAAUUUAAGGAAGAAUUUCAUGUUCAGCUCUUAAGCAGCAGCAGCUACACCUGGGUUUUAAGUGACUAUCCUAACCUGGCCAAGAACCACCCCAAUGGCUCUGGUAUCCAAAGCCCACCUUUCAGGUUACGUGGCGAAAGACUGCGCUUGUCUUUGUACCCAAAUGGAAAAAGCGCAGGUGCAAAAGAGUUCGUAUCACUGUAUCUGAAGAAGGUUGAAGAAGAUUCACAGUUAUUAAGUGACACCUCGCCCAAUACAUCCAGCAACAAAUCAGCAAUCCCUUUCAGACUGACUGUGAUGAGCCAAAAGCCUGAUACUGACCAUAUCUCCUAUCAAGACAAACAUGUAUUUACUAAAAAAUCAAACAACUGGGGAUGGCUAAAAUUCAUGAAAUCAUCUGAUACAAUUUUGUCAUCUUAUUGUGACAAUGACAGACUAAUAAUCCAAUGUACAAUACAGCCAGAUAAACCACAAUAGGUUCUAUGUUACACAGAUGUAGAUGAUGGCUAGUGAACACUAGCGUGGACUGCGUCAGUGUUUCUAAUGAAACAAGUUAUCGUAGAAUUAUAAGUUGAACACC